AUGCAGAGCCUCAGGCCUGAGCAGACACGGGGUCUGCUGGAGCCAGAGCAGAUGACGACACUGCUGCUGCCUUGGGAGACCAAGGCCUGGGAGGAGCCAUCCCAGCCCACCUUCACCAAGGACUGGGAGGCUGUGGAGGUUGGGACCUCAAACUGUGAAAGUGAUGAAAAAGAUUUGUCUUCUCAAGAAACUGGGGUUCCCCAGGAGUGGAGUUCUGUGGAGGAAGAUGACGAGUCAGAGGAUUCCCAGGGCUUCGUGGAGUGGUCAAAAGCUCCACAACAAACCACCAUCGUCUUGGUGGUGUGUGUGUUGUUUUUGUUCCUGGUUUUAACGGGGAUGCCUAUGAUGUUCCACGUCUAA